AUGGCUUCUCAAGUCCGUGAACACGAACCAUCAUCAGCAACUGAUUCAUUCGUGAAAGUUGUUGCAGAAUCUGGCGGUCUUAAAUCAGUCCCUUCACAAUUCACUUUCGAGAACGAGUACUCCAAAGGCUCUAAUUACUCCAACUCCAUCCCCACCCUCGAUUUCUCCCACCUCACCUCUCCAGACUCCGAUCUACGGUCCAAAGCCCUCAAGGACCUCGCUCAUGCCUGUCAAGAAGGGGGCUUCUUUGUGUUGAUAAAUCAUGGGAUACCAGAGAGAGUUACGAAAGGCGUAAUAGAGGCGAGUUUGGAGUUUUUCAAUCUGCCGGACCACGAAAAGAAAGUGUACAAGCACAAGAGCCCGUCGGACCCCAUCAAGUGCGGCUCCGGCGCUCUCACCACCACCUCCAACCAUAGAAUUCGUCACUGGCGGGACUUCCUUAAAACCUACGUCAGCCCACAUUUUCACUGUCCUGAAAAUCCUCCCAUCCUUGGGGACAUCCUGUUGGAGUACUCCGAAAAAACCCGUCACGUGGCAAGAACAUUGCUUCAGGGGAUAGGAGAAAACCUGGAACUGGAACAGGGCUACAUAGACCGGGCUUUGCAGUUGGACUCGUCUUUUCAACAAUACUCGGCAAAUUAUUACCCGCCUUGCCCCGAGCCCGACCACGCCAUCGGGAUCAUGCCACACUCGGACCAUGGCCUCUUGACCUUCCUCAUACAUAAUGGGGUUGCUGGCCUUCAGAUUCAGCACAAUGGGGAAUGGUUCGAGGCAAACUCGCCUCACGGCUCGAUCUGGGUCCACACGGCCGAUCAUCUUGAAAUUUUUAGCAAUGGGAGGUACAAGAGUGUGAAUCACAGGGCCCUGGUGAACAAUCAAACGACGAGAAUAUCAGUGAUCAUCACGAAUGCGUCAGCCCCGGAAACUAUUGUGGGCCCUGCUGGCCCACUUGUCGAGCGUGAUGGCCGGGCAUUAUAUCGCCCGAUGAAGUUUAUCGAGUACCUUGAAACCAAGCCAAGCAAACAAUUUGGAGGGAAAAGCAACUUGGACUGCGUGAAGAUCGACGCCGCUGCGUGA